CCAGCUGCGUCUGGUCCCCGCCUGAGCCGGUCGGGGCCCGCGCCCGGGCUGCGCCUGCCCGCCCUAUGAGUGUGUCACUGGUUGUGAUCCGACUGGAGCUCGCGGACCACUCGCCCUUGCCCGCCGGCUUCGGCUUCAGCGCGGCCGCCGUUAGGGAAAUGUCUGAUGAAGAAAUCAAAGAAAAGACACUAGCUUCAGCUAAGGCACAUUUAGAAGGAAAGGCACCAGUGGAGAAGGCGGCAAUUAUACACCAACAUCUUGGCCGGCGAGAAAUGACAGAUAUGAUCAUUGAAACCAUAAAAUCUAACUCAGAUGAGAUGAAAGCUACAAUGGAAGAAAGAAAGUCUUCAGAGGCAUCCUCCUCUCCUGAGAAAAGUAGAAAUGCAGAUCACACUAAAGAAAUUGCUCCAGAUUCUCCCUCUAAACAACUUCCGGACCAGAUUUCAUUCUUCAGUGGAAACCCAUCAGUUGAAAUAGUUCAUGGUAUAAUGCACCUGUACAAAACAAAUAAGAUGACCUCUUUAAAAGAAGAUGUCCGUCGCAGCGCUAUGCUGUGUGUCCUCACAGUCCCAGCUACAAUGACCAGCCAUGACCUCAUGAAGUUUGUGGCCCCUUUUAAUGAAGUCAUUGAACACAUGAAAAUAAUCAGAGACUCUACUCCAAACCAAUAUAUGGUGCUGAUAAAGUUCAGUGCACAGGCUGAUGCUGAUAGUUUUUAUAUGGCAUGCAACGGUCGACAAUUUAAUUCGAUAGAAGAAGAUGUUUGCCAGUUGGUGUAUGUAGAGAGGGCAGAAGUAGUAAAAUCAGAAGAUGGUGCCAGCCUCCCAGUGAUGGAUCUGACAGAGCUCCCCAAAUGUACAGUGUGCUUAGAAAGGAUGGAUGAGUCUGUGAAUGGGAUACUUACCACAUUAUGCAACCAUAGUUUUCAUAGCCAGUGUCUACAACGCUGGGAUGAUACUACGUGUCCUGUUUGCAGAUACUGUCAAACGCCAGAACCUGUAGAAGAAAAUAAAUGUUUUGAGUGUGGAGUUCAGGAAAACCUCUGGAUUUGUUUGAUAUGUGGCCAUAUAGGAUGUGGGCGAUAUGUAAGUCGGCAUGCUUACAAGCACUUUGAAGAAACACAGCACACAUAUGCAAUGCAACUGACCAAUCACCGAGUCUGGGAUUAUGCUGGAGAUAAUUAUGUUCAUCGAUUGGUUGCAAGUAAAACUGAUGGAAAGAUAGUACAGUAUGAGUGUGAGGGUGAUACUUGUCAAGAGGAGAAAAUAGAUGCCUUACAGUUAGAGUACUCUUAUUUACUAACGAGCCAGCUAGAAUCUCAGCGAAUCUACUGGGAAAACAAGAUAGUUCGAAUAGAAAAGGAUACUGCUGAGGAAAUUAACAACAUGAAGACUAAAUUUAAAGAAACCAUUGAGAAAUGUGAUACUCUGGAACACAGACUCAAUGAUCUCCUAAAAGAAAAGCAAUCCGUGGAAAGGAAGUGCACACAACUGAAUGUAAAACUAGCCAAGCUCUCCACUGAGCUCAAAGAGGAACAAGAAAUGAACAAGUGUUUACGAGCUAAUCAAGUCCUCCUGCAAAACAAGCUGAAGGAGGAGGAGAAAGUUCUAAAGGAAACCUGCGAUCAGAAGGACAUGCAGAUCACAGAGAUCCAGGAACAGCUGCGGGAUGUCAUGUUCUACCUAGAAGCCCAACAGAAAAUCAAUCACCUACCGGCUGAGACACGGCAGGAAAUCCAGGAGGGACAGAUCAACAUUGCCAUGGCCUCCGCGGCAAGCUCCCCUUCGGUCGGAGGUACAGGGAAGCUGCCCUCCAGGAAGGGCCGAGGCAAGAGGGGCAAGUGAGCCUCUUGUAAGCAAGCACUUGGGGCUAAGACAAUGGCCCCUGUCACCAGGAGGUUGUCAGGGGUCCCCAGCUCAAUGUGAGGUUGGUUACUGAAUAAGUAAGUACACCAAGUGAGGAUCAACAUGAAAUUGUUUGGAUCAUUUUUUCCUAGCGUGUUGUUUAAUGAGUUAUAGAGGUUUAUGACCAGGACAGCUAAUGGGAAUUGGCAGUAUUUAAAAGGGUUUUUCUUUAAACUGUUCUAGUUAGCUAACUUCUGACAUGUUUUAAUAACCAUUUUGCCUUCCAAAUUUACCCAAAACUAACUCUUAUGUUUUAGCUAUACUUAUUGAGUUGGCAUAUUUCACACUUAAGUCCUGGGGUCAGUUUUUGAUAUUAAGGAAAAGUUUGAAACCUCAGUGAAAGUUUCUUAGGCAUGGGAACACCAAAGGACCCGUAGAGCAGUAGCAGCUGCAAAGGCCAUUUAAGGCAGGAAAGGCCAUUCAUUCGUUCCAGAAACAUUUGUCAGAAGUUGGUCCUGUUGGACAUUGAUGAGCAUAACUCCCUUCUAUCAAAUAUCAUUGAUGUAUGUGCCCUGCUAGAGAGGAAUGAGAAGAAUCCUCUUAAAGAAAAGUUGUGAAUCAGGCAGAGAUGCAUCUAACUGGAGCAUCUUCUCCAGUUCUAGGUGUAACCAGGAAGAAUCAAAAAACAAACAAAAAAAAUGGGGCAGAACAAACACACUAUGGACACAGCAACAGCAUUUUCGCUUUGUUUUGGAUUUACCUAAUUUUAUUAUGACUCCAAAGUCCUGAAGGUUUAGUGGUCAUUGCCUUCAUAAGUGCUCUCGCUCCAACCGAUUGGACCUAGAGCCAAAUAAAGUGACUGAGUGAAACAGCCCAGUUAGGUGGAGGUAUGUGGCAUGCCUAUCCUGCCAGCUGUGCUUUCUGCAGAGGUCAGUGCAGAUUAAAGUAUUCAUAUAAGUUACAUUCCAUGUUCAGCUAGAGGCAAAAAUAAAUUUCAGGAGGAAAAAAAAAAUCUCCAAAGAUUAAAUUGCACCUGAACUAGAAAAUAGGGAUUUUGACAUAGUCCCUUUUCAGAUGGUCAUUUCUUUUGUUAUUUCCCAGCAGUGGGUCAGCUAUUUAAUCUAGACUCUCCAACUGUAAUGUGACUUGGGAUACGGUGUUGGCCCUCGGCCUUUAGCCUUGAGUAAAAUGAGCAGAGUAGAUUACACAGCAAGUAUUGUGAGGUCCUGAAUUUUUUAAUGCAACAGUUAAUCAGUUUGUCUCCAAAUUAUCACAUUUCAGAAUUUUAUUUUGAGAAUCUCAUCUAAACCUUGUUAGUGCAUCAGCUGCAUCUUCCCCCUCUGUUCUUCUGACUUGCUGCUGCAGCAUCUCUGAGGAACUUUCUCAUGUUCAUGAAUGAUCUUAGACAUUCUCAAUCCUUCCCUUGUGUAGACCAGCUAGACAAGUUGACUUGGCCUUAGGUACAGACCUAUCUUAAAACAGAGUCAGAUUCUCUCUCCUAUAGAAAUUCUAUUUUAUUUAAGAUAUAUUUUUACACUAGCUAGAAUCCUGCUUUUGGCCAAGAGCUUGUGUUGCAUGUUUGACCUUACAGAAGCUGGAAUAGUGAUCCAAUUAAGAGAAUUAGAAUUAGUUUAAGUGUGUAGUAUCCUUUCUUCAGGCUCACCACACCAUAAAAUAAGAAAAUAACCAGGCGGGAAAGCAGUGAUCUUUUUUUUUUCCCAGAAGGGGUAGAACUAAAUAAUAAUAUGAAAACCUAUACCAGGGAAAUAAAAGUUCAGCAAAGGUAAUAAUUGGAGGGAAAGAUGUUUAUCAAGGUAGUUAUCAUAAAGUCUUAACUAGACAAAAGUAUAUUUUUAAAAAUUGUUUGUUUUGAAAUUCAUGUAUUUUGAAUUUAACUGAGUUUCACAAGGAGGGUGGGGGGAGGGAGAGAAUGCUGCUACUGCAUUUUCCAAGAUGGAAAUGGGCCACUUACCAUCCCCACACUACCUUGGAUGGGGAAAUUGCAUUAAAAUUGCUCAACUUUGGAAUGA